AUGUCAAUGCGAGUGACGCGGUCGCAGGCCGGCAAGACGCCCCAAAAGCCUGACCGUCCUGGCUUUGUCGAGACCCCCGGGCGCAGGAAGUCGCAACGCAAAUCGCUUGCGUCCGAUGUCGACGACGGAUACGAAUCAACGCCCGAGCCAGAGAACUUCUUAAAGCCCCUCCGAUCUGGCGACAGCGAUGUGAAGCACGAAGUCGAGGAAAAGAGCAAUGGCCAUGCCAACGGAAACGGACACGCCAACGGCUACACGAAUGGACACACGAAUGGAAACGCAAACGGGCGCACAAAGAGCGAAAAGGAGAUCGUCGAGCUGGACUACAAGAUGGAGGCGGAAAAGUUCUUCUCGCCAAAGGACAAGUCCGGCCUGCACGAGUUCGGAGGCGCCAUUGGUAUGAGCAGCAUGAUGAUCUGCUUUCCAGCGCUCAUGUACUACAUGUGGAUCGGAGCGACCUUCUACGACGGCAAAUUCCCUACACCGACCGCGGGCCAGAGCUACGGCGACUUCUUUGGACACAUGUGGUAUCUGGUAAAGACCGAGGCGUUCCCGAACAACAAAGCGUGGCAGAUCUACUGGUUCUUUGGACUCAUGCAGAUGGCCUUCUACAUGCUCAUGCCGGGUGUGUACCGCAAGGGCAAGGCUCUGCCUCAUCUUGGUGGAAAGCAGUUGGACUACUACUGCUCGGCCAUGUGGUCUUUCUACUCCAGCAUUGUCAUCAUGUUGACCCUCCACUUCACUGGUGUCUUCAAGCUGUACACCCUGAUCGACGAGUUCGGCCACAUCAUGAGCGUAGCCAUCCUUUCAGGCUUCCUCUGCUCGACAAUCGCAUACGUCUCAGCUCGCGUCCGCGGCGCUGACCUUCGGAUGACUGACAACCCCAUUGUCGACUUCUUCCUUGGUGCGGAGCUCAACCCUAGACUGUUCGGCAUUCUGGACUUCAAGAUGUUCCUCGAGGUCCGCAUCCCGUGGUUCAUCCUCUUCUUCCUUUCGCUCGGUACCUGCUUGAAGCAGUACGAACAGUAUGGCUACGUAUCCAUAGAAGCCAUCUUCCUGCUCUUUGCCCACUACCUUUACGCCGGCGCCUGCGCAAAGGGAGAGCACCUCAUCAUCACAACCUGGGACAUGUACUACGAGAAACUCGGCUUCAUGCUCAUCUUCUGGAACAUGGCGGGUGUGCCUCUGUCGUACUGCCACUGCACCCUGUUCAUCGCCAACCACCACCCAUCCGAAUACCAACUCCCGACCUGGUUUACCGCCCUCCUCACCCUCGCCUACCUUGGCGUUUACUACAUUUGGGACACGACCAACUCGCAAAAGAACCAGUUCCGUCAAGAGGAGCGUGGUGUUGUCGACGAGCGCACUACCUUCCCCUACUUCAAGUACGGACGCAUCGCCAACCCCAAGACCAUCCAGACAUCGCACGGCAACAAGAUUCUGGCUGACGGCUGGUACGGCAAGGCGCGUAAGAUUCACUACACGUGCGAUCUGUUCUUCGCAAUUAGCUGGGGUCUUAUUACCGGCUUCAGCAGCCCGUUCCCAUGGUUCUACUCGGUGUUCUUUGCGGGUAUGAUCAUCCACAGGGCGCUGAGAGACAUUGAGAAGUGCCGGGAGAAGUACGGCGAGGCAUGGAAGGAGUAUGAGAGGCAGGUGCCUUAUUUGUUCAUUCCGUACGUGUUUUAA